UAAGAAUUCAUUAAAAUGUUAGUCAGUGAUAAUUCUAACCACACAAAUAUUGUUUUAAAAAGGGCAACCUAUUUUCGCGAAUUGUGGGACGAUCGUCUUUUAAUUAAAACGCGUUAGUUAUAAGUGUACUGUUACUGUUUACUACUCUGUCAAGUUGAAUCAUUUAAAAUAAUUGAUUAUUAAUUGAUUGGUUGUGACGGUUUAAUAUGUAAGUUGAAAUAUUCACUUUUUAAAACUAAAAAUCUUCAUGACUGCAUUUCUGACUCACAGGUGUUGGGCGCGUGGCCAAGUCACUUAAACACGGUAUCGGGUCCGUUCGCCCUAGUUUCACAUUCGCCCUGUGUCCAUUCGCCCCGGGGUCGUUCCCCAUAUAUUAUCAUAUGCAUAUUGGGGUAUAAACAGUUGAUUGUUCACACAUGUAAGCAAGUUUGUACCUUAAGUUUUCAUUAAUUAAUAAAAUAAGUGUCACAGUUUGACAUUUAUCAAUGUGUCAGUGUUUUAGCUAUAUUGAUUUUACAUGCGCCGUUCCAUAGUUAAAGUACAAGCACACGUAUAUUUGGCAACGGGCAGGCGCUGACUUUUCUGUUUGUUCUCAUAUGUCUUCCUCAAUUGUUGUUUGUCCUUGUGACGCCUGGUGUUGUUGGGUUAAUCUGAAUACUCCGGAACUACAUUGAACAUUGUAUAUCUACGAAGACGGCCAAGGCUAUCCAACUGUCGCACGUGCUUUCGUAUUUUAUAAGAGAAAAGUACGACUCAAUGUGCUGCAAAUUCAAAAUGAAGUCUGCACACACUGUGACAGCCAUGUCCGGAGACAAGCCAUAGCUAUACAAUGCAGCAGUUUUGUUUGAUGUGGUAUGACAAUGAAAGCAAUUACUGAAAUUUAGCUGUUUUAUAGACAGAGAUUAAUUGGAGCUCAUGUAUAAUUGCGAAAAUGAAGAGAAUGCCACCAACAAGGAUUUACCAUACACAAUGAACAACAGAAAUGGAUGUCAUACAAGUAUGCGUUGCUUUUGUUUGACUGUGAUGGUACUACGGCUGUUGUCCAUAGACGUCAACUGCCAGAGAAUGCAGCCAUUGGCCAACAGUUUGAGCUGAAAGAAAGUGGGAAUCACCUAUGUGAAAUCGUAAAUCUGGCCGAGACAAAAGAUGCCCUGAAUGCUUGGGAGCGUACUUGGUCUUCAUCAGCGAGGAGCCAGCUCAUUGAUCGAAAGCGAGAAAAAGGUGCAUCAAAUGGAUAUCUUGAACAGCAGAACCUACAACCAAUUGUUUUGGUCGAUCAUAUCGCUGGUGAAGUUGAACAGUCUGUAAAACGGAAAAGAACCUCUUCUGUAAAUCAGCAUGUCAAGAAAAGAAAUACUGCAGAAAAGGGACAAACGAAAAAAGGGACGUCGGCUUCAAAGGCAGCUUCUACACCUAAAACUAAAGCAACAAAAGCAGCAUCCACACCAAAAGCAACAUCAACAAUAGUGACUGCACAAAAGGGACAAACGAAACAAGGGACGUCAGCCCCAAAGGCAGCUUCUACACCUAAAACUAGAGAACCGAAAGCAGCGUCCACACCAAAAGCAACAUCAACAAUAGAGGGAUCCAAUGGGAGACAAAUAAAUGUUUUGCUCCAGUCAAGCCUGCACAAUGGCCCUGGAGCAGUGCCAAUGAGAAUUCCUAACUAUGUUGAACACCUCAACAGUGACCAGCGGGAUGUGCUCCAGGACAUUCUCCAAAACGACAAAGAGCACAAAAGCACCAUGACGGAGCCAGCAAUGACAUUUGUGACAUGUGAACAAAUAGCAAACUUUGUUUGUGUAAAUACAGUCAACAAGAAACUGGAUGUCUUUACACAGAAGAUUGACAAGCUAGAACAAUUGAUUUUAAGUUUAAGUAAAUCUGUCAGUAAAGUUGUAAACCAAAAUGAGUUGAUCGGUAAAGGGGAAUCUGACAUCUGUGUUAAUGUAUACGACAGUCAGGGUACGGACGAUGUUCAAGCAUCAGAUGAUACGUUUGAAUUAGAUUGUAGUAGUUUGGAUGUUGGUUUUGUUGGUGCGGAUAGCUAUUCAAGUGUUUCAGCGGAAGGUAGUUUCGAUGUUGGUUUUGUUGGUGCAGAUAGUUUUUCAAGUGUUUCAGUGGACGGUCAGGGUUCUCGUGAUCUGAAUGUAGGAUUAGUUGGUGGUGAUCAGUCUGAUGUUCACAACAGUGAGCAGGAUGGAGAAAUGGUUUGUAUAGGUCGGUCACGUGUCAUUCAUAGUGGGAGGGCUGCAGGAAUAGUUGGUGGUAGUCAAUCUGGUGUUGUUGAUAGUGGUAGGGCAGCAGGAAUAGUUAGUGGUGGUCAGUCUGGUGUUGAUAGUGGUAGGGCAGCAGGAAUAGUUGGUCGUAGUCAGUCUGGUGUUGAUUGUGGUAGGGCAGCAGGAAUAGUUGGUGGUAGUCAGUAUGGUGUUGAUAGUGGUAGAUCAGCAGGAAUAGUUGGUGCUAGUCAGUCUGGUAUUGAUAGUGGUAGGGCAGCAGGAAUAGUUGGUUGUAGUCAGUCUGGUGUUGUUGAUAGUGGUAGGGCAGCAGAAGUAGUUGGUGGUAGUCAGUAUGGUGUUGAUAGUUGUAGGGCAGCAGGAAUAGUUGGUGGUAGUCAGUAUGGUGUUGAUAGUGGUAGGGCAGCAGGAAUAGUUGGUGGUAGUCAUUAUGGUGUUGAUAGUGUUAGGGCAGCAGGAAUAGUUGGUGGUGGUCAGUAUGGUGUUGAUAGCGGUAGGGCAGCAGGAAUAGUUGGUGGUGGUAGGUCUGUCAUUGUUGAUGAUGGUAGGGCUGUAGGAAUGGUCGGUGGUGGUCAAUUUGGUGUUGUUGAUAGUGCUAGGGCAGCAGAAAUAGUUGGUAGAUCUGGCUUUGUUGAUGGUAGGGGAGACAUGGAAAUUGUUGGUGGUGUUAGGUUUACUUCUGGUGGCAGUCAGGGUUCUUGUGUCAGUGGAGGUAUUGGUGUUCCUAAUUACAGUAGCAGUAACUUUGAUAGGACACCUCUUAGCGUUAAUAGAUCAUUCGGCAAUCGGCCUUUGAUGAUAAUCCGUUGCGCUGAUGAUAUGGGUGCAGUUCCUCCUCACGCAGAAAUUGUUCUACAUAAAGAUGUUGUUGAUGAGUUGCUCUUGGAGCAUAAAGGUAGUAUUUCUAAAUUGUCUUGGAGCUUGGCCAAGCAAAUGUUUUCUGAAGAAGACCUGUAUUCAGGAACAUUCAAUGGGAAAGGUGGUCGAAAAGUGCUGUCGCCAAGAAGGAAGCAAUUAAUUCUCAAGGUUGUUGGCUAUGCUUUUCCAGGUAUCACAGGCAUUUCUGGUUAUGUUGCGGCCGCAAUUAAUAAUGGAAUUAGAAACAGAAGGAAUUACAAAAAGAAAUUACCAUAUUAACUCAAAGAAUUGCCCACAAGUUUGAUACUGGAACAUUUA